AAACUCUCGCUGCAGUGCCAUGGGGAGCAAGAAGAAGGAAACUGCCCUGCAGGUCAACAUCAGUACCCAGGAACUUUGGGAGGAAAUGCUCAGUUCCAAAGGACUAACUGUGGUCGACGUCUACCAAGGCUGGUGCGGCCCCUGCAAGCCCGUGGUGAGCCUCUUCCAGAAGAUGAGGAUCGAGGUCGGCCUGGACCUUCUGCAUUUUGCAUUAGCAGAGGCAGACUGUCUUGAUGUCCUCGAAAAAUACAGAGGGAGGUGCGAGCCGACCUUUCUGUUUUAUGCAGGAGGGGAGCUGGUGGCACUGGUUAGAGGAGCAAACGCCCCGCUGCUGCAGAAAACCAUCCUAGAGCAGCUGCAGGCUGAAAAGAGGGUGCUGGCCGAAGGCAGAGAACGGAGAGUGAUUAAAGAUGAGGCUCUUUCUGAUGAAGAUGAAUGCUUUUCCCACAAAAAGGAAGAUGGUGAUGAUGAGGAUGCGGUGUCAUCAGAGAAGGCCUGCACCUUGGCAGUCAUUAAACCAGAUGCGGUGGUCCAUGGGAAGACGGAUGAGAUUAUCAUGAAGAUCCAGGAAGCUGGCUUUGACAUUUUAACAAAUGAAGAGAGAACCAUGACAGAAGCAGAAAUGCGACUUUUCUACCAACACAGAGCUGGAGAGGAGGCAUUUGAGAAGCUGGUACAUCACAUGUGCAGUGGACCGAGCCACCUCCUGAUCCUCACAAGGACUGAGGGCACCGAGGAUGUGGUCACCGCCUGGCAAACCCUCAUGGGACCCUGUGACCCCAAUGUGGCAAGGAGGGAGCAGCCUGACAGUCUCCGGGCUCAGUAUGGCACAGAAAUGCCCUUUAAUGCGGUCCAUGGAAGCCGGGACUCGGAAGACGCCCGCCGGGAACUGGCACUGCUCUUCCCCAGUUUUAAGUUUUCAGACCAGGUUCCGGAAGCCCCUCUGGGCCUUGAGGCCAAAGGAGAGGGCCCCGGUGAGGCGCUGUGCUCCCCCGAGGACGUGGACAAGGCGGCCUGCGACCAGGGUGAGGCCGUGAGAUGAAGCGUCAGUACGUUCCUGUCUGCUGCACGUAAGGAAACCUCCAGAACCGAAACUUCCUCUUUUGAGCACCAGUACUUUUUUGGUUUAGUUAUUGUUCAUGAAUAAAAAUAAUAGUAUCCA